UAUCUAAUCUGCUGGCUGUUUUCAAUUUUAUGUACGUACUAUAAGAUUACGGUUCAGUUCGUCUAGUGUGUCAACCCAAUCACUUUGCAAAAACAGUACUGUAAGGGAGCAUUGUGAUAAAUUUGUGAGUCUGAAAACAAAUUCAUAUAUUAGCCUCUUACCCAAAAAUGCCCAAUAUUCGGCCACUAUGUCCUGAACUGGCUAAAAAAGCGAGAGAGGAACUGAACGAAAUUCCUGAGCGAAUCGAUGAGGACUUGGCUGCUCUUAGAGCAUGGCUAGCGAAAAGUCCCCACAUCAAGGCACGCGAUGAAGAUCAAUUUCUGCUGACAUUCUUGCGAGGAGGAAAGCAUAGUCUCGAACGGGCGAAGGAAAAACUCGACAUGUACUAUACCGUGCGGACGGCUCUUCCAGAGUUGAUGAAAAAUCGUGACCCAUUCGAUGAGAAAAUGGCAGAGCUGUUGAGGCAAGGAUCGUGUCUGCCUCUGCCCUUAACAGAAACAACGGAUGGGCCAAGAAUUUUACUCUUCAGACCCGGUGUGACAGAUCCUUCCAAAUUUACUAUACAGGAGGUCUUCAGAUGCAAUUCGAUGAUAAUGGACAUAAUGUUAAAGGAGGAUGACAACCUCGGCAUUGCAGGGCAAUUGGCGAUUGGCGAUUUGGCAGGUAUGACAAUGGGACAUCUAGGGCAGUUUAGUCCGACUUUAAUGAAGAAGGUAUCACUUUUGAAUCAAGAGGCAUCGCCUCUUCGUAUGAAGGGUGCACAUCAUCUUAAUGCACCGCCAGGAUUUGAGACAAUUUUCAACAUAUUCAAAGGAUUUAUGAACGAAAAAAAUCGAUCUCGGAUAUUUGUACACGGAAGCAACUUCGAAGCGCUUUACGAUUAUGUUCCUAGACGUCUUCUGCCGCAAGAAUAUGGUGGAGAAGCUGGACCGAUUCAACCGAUUAUUAACGAAUGGGUCAAGAAGGUCGAAAGCUACCGGGAUUAUUUCAAAGAGGAGGAACAGUACGGCACGGAUGAACGGAAGCGACCGGGAAGACCGAAGCAUGCCGAUAGCCUUUUUGGAAUUGAAGGAUCCUUUCGAAUGUUGAAUGUGGAUUGAAUGCGGUUAUUAUCCAUUUGCUUUUCAGUGUCAUCUGAUUUGUCUCUAAAUAUAAAAAAAAAGAAUUAUCAAAGAA